CAACAACACUUGAAAAAUUAUCAUCAGUUUUGGGGACAACCACUACAAGAAUACUGAGGAAUACAUGGCUGAAAAGGAAGGCGGAGGAGGGUUCGGUGCGGUGUUCAGCGGCGGUGACGUCGAGAUAAAGCCCUUCUCGAGCGCUGACUUCAAACGCAGAGUCAAUCUUAAGAAACUCUUAAUCGGCGGAGCGGUGUGUCUCAUAGUAUUGGCCGGGCUGUUAGCCAUCUUGUCCACUGUCCACUUCAUGAGCGCUCCAGAAGUCAGUGAUAAUGACAACAAUAAGGCCGAGAAGAUUAUCAGUGAUAGCACUCCGGAUGAGGUCUUAAUAACAACUAAACCCACGACUUCAACCCCAAUGCUAUCCACAACCACUCCGACAACAACUACUACUACAACAACCACUACUACCACUCCCACCCCGACCACCAUUACCACUACAAUCAUCUCUACUACCACUACAUCCACUAAGAAACCGAAAAUCAUUGACCAUUUAUUGGCCACAAUAAUCAUCAAUCGGGCGGUGGUUCCCAAC